CAGACUAGAGAUUCAAACACUGGUUCGCUCACCAUGGCGGGAUGGAUCCAACGCAUCCAACCUAUGAUGUGGCGACUGAACUUUUGUGACUGGGGAACACACCUUCUCUACUUCAUCCUUAGAGGCGUUGCAGGCAAUGGCAAGCCAUUUUUCUUCAACUCGUGGUUCCCACUUGAUACAGAUGACAUCGCAUCUUACACACUGGUUAUCAUCAUGCAGGCUCUGGGUAGUGUCAUGAUUGGCACCACACUAUUCGCAGUAAUGGGUUUGUAUGUGACACUAGUGUCUGUUGGUUGCACCCAGCUGGAGAAGAUUCAAGCAGCACUGUUGGACAUUAAACAGCAUGAACCGUCUGAGAUGAACACACGCCUCGCGGAAUGUGUGACACAUCAUCAGUAUGUCCUCAGGUAUAUGAAGGAGCUGGAGAAAACCUUCAGCCCAGUGUUGUUUGGACCGUUCCUGUUGGUAGUAGCAGCACUGUGCUUCACGGCCUACACAGCCAUAACACUAGGUGGGAAGUUUGUUGAAUUUAUACAGAUCUUCAUUAUCACGGCCGCCAUGAUGUUUCAGAUACAAGCAGUCUGCUGGUUUGGCACCCAGCUCACACAACAGUCUGGCAGAGUGAGGGACGCAGCAUGGGACAGCGACUGGGUGGGGGCCCCUGUCUCCUUCCAGCGGUCCAUCAUAUUCAUGAUUUCCGUUUCCAAGGAAUUCAAGCUUACAGCCGGCAAGAUUAUUCCUGUGUAUCAGAGCACCGUCAUGACAGUCCUGAAUGAGACCUACACAUAUUUAAUGGUACUAGUGAACUUUGUGGACAAGUCAUCAAGAACUCAGUAAACAAGUAUAAAACAGCACCAUGUAGUAUGCCGUUAGAUUUAACACUCUUCAUUAUGGAACGCAAUAUGUACACUGCAGGAACGUUACAAUAAUUUAAAACAAAUUUACUGAUUCCAAAAUUUAUCGACGUUGUCUUAACAUAUUAAUAUCCGAAAGGAUGCUUUGUUUUGAAAUUAAUGUAAAGUGCCAUUAGUAAUAAAACACAUAGGGGAGGAAGUUAUUUCGUAACAUGCACUUUCAUGGUAGGUAGUCCUUAAAGCAAAAGUAAAUUAUGGAAUAAUUCUUUGUAUGCUAACACAAAGCUUUAUGCUUCAUGCCAUUGUGCAGUAAUAAUACUGACAUGCAAAUAAAUCAGAUAGAGAACGUCUCAUAUUACUAAUUAUUCGAUAGUUCUAAUCCUGAGCAUGGAAACAUAAGUAAGGUAGUAAAUUAAUCGUGUUCUAUUUACAAGUCUGUCACGGAUAAAUAACAAAACAUAUAUCAGUGCUUCUUUCAUGCAUUUUUAAUGUUUAAAUAUUCUU